UCUUGAAAACUUUUUGGUUUUCAGGUGAACUAAACAAGGCCAAAGAAAGAGAGUGACGGUAGAAGCUGCCCCGCGCUGAAAUAAACAGCAGAUGCUGCUACUCCUAGAACCUCUUGACCCUGCAAUCAGGAUCAGAAAUGAUUCAGACUUCGACCGUUGGACAUGACAGCAAUAAACCAUGAACUUCGAUCAGAAAAGAUGCUGGCGGGUGGCGGCCUCGAGCUCCAGAAAUAUCCCCUCGCCUCGCCUCCGAUGCGCGGGAAGCAUCUCAAGCUAUCCGACGGGCCAUGCCAUCUCCGUCGUUAUAUAUAACGCAACGGCCGCGCAUUCAGACAUGAGCAGGUACCCCGUCUCGGAAAGCCAAACCAAACAACCGCGACCGCCAGAGACCUCUUCGUUGGCCAAGCGCAGGUACAUCGGAUCCACCAGGCACGGCACGUCGGCAGCACGGUCGAUCGGAACGGAAUGCUUCGCGUCGACGACCUCAUCGCCGAACUCUGCCUUCUGCCGGCCAAAGUCCUCGGCAAGAAGAAGCGCAGGGAGUUCCAGACGGUGGAGCUGUUGGUGCGGAUGGACUGCGAGGGGUGCGAGCGCAGGGUGAGGAAGGCAGUGGAGGACAUGAGAGGCGUGAGCAGCGUGGAGGUGGACCCGAAGCAGAACAAGGUGUCGGUGUCCGGGUACGUGGAGGCGCCGGAGGUGGUGGAGCGGCUGCGGCGGCGCGCCGGGAAGGAGGCCAAGCCGUGGCCCUACGUGCCGUACGAGGUGGUGCCGCACCCCUACGCCCCGGGCGCCUACGACAAGAAGGCGCCGCCCGGGUACGUCCGCAACGUGCUCGACGACCCCGACGCCGCGCCGCUCGUCAGGGCCGCCUCCAUGGAGGAGAGGUACACCACCGCCUUCAGCGACGACAACCCAAACUCCUGCGCCGUCAUGUGAAUGUGCUGCCCUGCCGCGUCUCAUAUAAGCACUGUAGCACUAGCACAAGGAGAGGUACACACAACAGUGACAACACAGUCACACACACCGUGCUUGUGUACGUCCUCGAAUGUUCCCUAACUUCCUCUCUGUUGAUCUGAUACAGUUUUGUGCAAAUGUAAAUUACUACUAAAGUUGAAUGGCUUUAGUUUUGUUGUUUGGAACUAGACUCCCAUUGCUCAUCAUUCUCUGUUGCUAGUUUCCUACUGACACACACAAAGGAUCAAGGGUUCUUCCACUUGACCACGAGACCCUAUAGCAGUUUUGGAGGCUGUUUCACUGUCAUGGGAUGAGGUCAUUACAACGUUGCACUUAUUACUCCUGUGAUUCUCAUGCUACUUCGCUAUCCAUUAUUAAACUACUCCAUGCGUCCUAAAUUAUAUAAGUUAUUUUGGCUCUUUUUUUCAUCCAUUUUCUAUGUAUCUAGACAUUAUUUAACUAAAUUUAUAGCAAAAUAGAUGUAUCGAAUAGAGAAAAUACUCAAUAUUUACAAGCAAACGGACGCAGAUAGACUACUUAAACAUGCAAAGGUAUGGGCUGGCUUUAUAAAACGCCUACCACAAAAGUUACAGUGCACAGCUAGCAAUUUCAUUUCAACUAGUACAGCGAAAGCUACCAUAAAUUUCCAAUGCAAAUCUGUACACAACUGGAUGAUUUCUCAUAGCAGCCGUAAAACAGACGACCAAGAACCACUAAAAAACAUGAGGUUUUAUCACAACUCCCACGGGCAAGCUGCUUACCACUGUUAUGAUUUAAGAAAAGAUAUAACCAA